GACAUUUUGGCGUCGUGGGCGUCGUGUAAGCAAUGCAAGAUUAUUUGUAUGCAUCAGUCUUAAACUUUUUUUAAUGUUUAUUUAUAACUUGUUAAUAACCGCAACGAUUUUUAAAAAAUACUCCAACCAUGGCUGAGUAUCUCGCGUCAAUUUUCGGUACCGAAAAAGAUAAAGUUAAUUGCUCCUUCUACUUCAAAAUCGGAGCCUGUCGUCACGGUGAUAGGUGUUCACGAAUUCAUAACAAACCAACAUUCAGUCAGACAUGUUUGCUGCAAAAUCUUUAUGUUAAUCCACAAAAUUCUGCAAAAAGUGCAGAUGGCUCACAUCUGGUUGCCAAUGUAAGUGAUGAAGAAAUGCAAGAGCAUUAUGAUAAUUUUUUUGAGGAUGUAUUUGUUGAGUGCGAGGAUAAGUAUGGUGAAAUUGAAGAAAUGAACGUGUGCGAUAAUUUGGGUGAUCAUUUGGUUGGGAAUGUUUAUAUUAAAUUUCGUCGUGAAGAGGAUGCUGAAAAGGCUGUUAGCAAUUUAAAUAACCGCUGGUUUGGAGGCAGACCUGUUUACGCUGAGUUGUCACCAGUUACCGAUUUUCGGGAGGCAUGUUGCCGUCAAUAUGAAAUGGGUGAAUGUACUAGAUCAGGAUUUUGCAACUUCAUGCACCUGAAACCCAUUUCUCGAGAACUGAGACGAUACUUAUAUAGUCGUAGGAAGGGCGGCAAAGGACGGUCGCGAUCGCGCUCAAAAUCGCGGGGUCGGGACCGAAAACGGAGGUCACGAUCGCGUGAGCGACGAUCACGAUCGAAAGAAAGGCGCAAGGGGGGUAGAGAUGAUAAAGGGAGAGACGGACGAUCUGGAAGGUAUUGAGCUAAAUAGAUGUGUUAUUAUUUUUUUUUUCAUUUAUUGUUUUCAGUAUGUAUAGAUACAUAGAUUUAUAUUCGAAAGUAAUAAAGUAUACCUUUUUUGUGAUGAAUUAUAUUUUAAUUAUUGUAAUACUUGACAAUUGAACUAAUAAAAAUGUAUAAAAUAGA